AACUAAUAUUUAUUCCAGAACUUAUUAAAGCAUGUUCGCGUAAACCUAGAUAUCAUCCUCAACAUAAGGUAUAAUCUAACCCUGAAUCCCAGCUGAUUUAUAUAUCAGGAUGUGGAACGGAGGAGGAGGGAACAAUGGAGGAAGUUGGCAGGAUUGGAAUCAACAGCAAGCAAGCAUUCAGGCUAUGCCUCAUGGUACAGUGGACUGGGCCGCACUGGCGCAGCAAUGGAUUCAGACGAAGGACGUGACAGAGCAACCGAUGGUUUCACAGCCGUCCAAUUAUAUAAAACCACCCGGUGACGAGAGCGGAGGAGGAGAAGCGUCUAUGGAACUAUGUGAACCAGGCGGGGAUGAAAACGGGACGGGUUGGGAGGGAGCAACCUGGAACCAGAACUGGCAAGGAGAGAAUAACUGGCAGGGUGGGAUGGAUGCAGGAUGGAAUGGAAUGGGUUGGGAAGGAAACGGGGCUGGACCUGGUUGGCAGGGAGGAGGAGGUGGAGGUUAUCAACAAUUCAACCAGAACCAGUUUGAGCCUGUAGAACCGGAGGCUAGAAUCCCCCAUGGAAAUGGGUUUGGAAACUCUCACAUGGCUGAUUAUAAUUCUGGAAACCAUCGACCAACUUUCCCCCGGAGCAACCGGAGGGAAAUUCCAUCAUUGAUGGACGUGCAGACAACUCCUGGAGGUUUUGAAUCCUUAAACGAAGACCAGAAGAAAAAAUUACCAAGUUGGAUACGGGACGGGUUGGAAAAGAUGGAGAAGGAUAAAAGAAAGAAAGAGGAAGAAGAUUAUCGUAAACAGCGAACAGAAGAGAAGAAGCGCAAAAGGAGAGAGGAGCAGGAGGCUCUGGUUGCCAAGGAUCCGACCAGGUCCAGGUUCGAUAAUGCAAGUGAUGGAAGUGGAGACGAAGAUCCUCCUGAAAAGAUUGCUGAAGAACGGAAACCUCGAAAAUCCAGGUUUGAGGCAGCGGAAAUUCCUGUGCUAAAGAUUAGCGCGGAGGAACCCAAGAAGUCGAAAGAAGAUCUUCUCCAAGAAAUGAGUUUGAACUUGAGAAAGAUUUUAACGACAAUUCUUCUGGAAGUAACCUCGGAGGAAAUGACGGAGAUGUGCGAGGAUGUCUUGAGGAAAGAGACCGGAAGAACGAACAAACCUAAACUGAAAUCUAUGUUGUCAGGGUACGGAAGUCAUUCUGACUCCGAGAAUGAGGAUGAGGAGGAGAACGAUGUUGAAUCCGAUGAGGAAACCCAGAAAACUUUGAAGAAGAAGAAGAAGAAAUUUGAUCGGAUGGAAGAUGAGAUUAAGAAGAAUUGUUUAAGAGAAGAGGCGAGGUAUAAACAAAGAGAGAAGAGAUGGUUGGCUGGGGAUAGAGCAGGGACGAGACGGGAUGAUUCUGACUCAAGUCCAGAACCUCCGCACGGAUCAAGAUCGGAGUCCAAGGAACCUCCGCCUCGGCAAGGUCAAAAAUCGCGAUCUCAAUCCGUAGACUCGGUGAAAAGGCGUGAUAAAUCUGAUACUCCAGAGAAACCUAAGAAGGAAUCUAAACGGGAGAAAGAACGGAAACGGUCACGGUCAAAGAAUCGUGUAAAAGAAACUGUUGAUGUCAAGCCCAAGAAAAAAUCAUCCCGGUCACCCGAGUCUAAACGUAGGCGUUCACGUUCUAGUGAAAGCUAUCGAUAUAAACGGCGAUCUCGCUCGAGAGACAGACGAUCUCGUUCUAAUGACCGGCGAUCUCGAUCAAGAGACCGACGAUCCCGAUCUAGACAGAAAAGAUCAGUGACAAGAGAACGUCGUUCAAUGUCCAGAUCUCGACAGAGAAAAGAAAGAACACGGGAUAAAUCCCCGAGUAGAAAAAGGACUCCUGAAAAAUCUCGCCGGUCCAGAUCCAGAGAACCGAAGAAGUCCAAGAAGUCGAAAAAGUCCCGGAAAAGAUCAGAUUCUGGGGAUUAAGAAUUACUGCAUUCGUCUUUAUUUUUUUAUUUAUCUCCUCAUUGUUCUUUUCCUCCUAACUAUAAUAUUUUCCCAAUUUUUCGGAAUCGUCA